AUGGCACAAGAUCUGGACGUCAAGUCGGCGCUGCGCUUCAACAUGCGCAGGAACCGACUUGCAGAGUGCUUGACUGCGGAUGCUUUGAUUGCUGCAGGCUCGGCAACAUUGGUCACCCCUUCGGUCAUGAUCCUGGAUCGCCUCGUGGUUGAAAAGUCAUCUCACAACCAACCUCUUCUCCCCGCAUUCCGCAGGCAUCUAUGGGCCUCCAUCACGCAGCCUGCGACUUUCCUUACGUCCCGACCCAGCUUGCUAGUUUGGUCCCUUUACGCUGCGACCUUUGCAACGGCAAAUGCCACCGAGACCAUCCUCGAGCGGGUAUACCCUCAUGUCGAUCAAGCUAUCGCGGGUGCUAGCACGUUCCUUUCCACAUUUGUCGUCAACUCCUCAGUCGGCAUUUGGAAGGACAUCAAGUUCGCUCAGCUGUUCGGCCACAAACACACCACACCUCCUAACCCUAAGUCGUCCACGGCCUCAGCCACCUCCCCACCCUCACAGAGCAAGAUCCUCCGCUCCGUGAGCCGAUCCAUCCCCGUAUCGACCUAUUCCGCAUUUCUUAUCCGCGACGGCCUCACGAUCUUCGGCUCCUUCAGUCUCCCCGCCAUGGUCUCGGCCUCUAUCCCGGACUCCGUCGCCUCUGCUGGAUACCUCAAGAUCCUUAUCGCGCAACUCGCCAUUCCCGCAUCCAUCCAACUCAUCAGCACCCCCAUCCACCUCCUCGGUCUAGACCUCUACAACCGCCCCACGCCCCUCCCCGCCCAAGACCGUCUGUCCAGAGUCAGCCGGGACUGGAUUGGCGCAUCCCUCACUCGCAUGUGUCGCAUCAUCCCAGCGUUCGGACUCGGCGGGUUCGUGAACACGGAAGGCCGGGCCUACCUUCACGAUAAACUGCGGCGGUGCGGGGAGGAGUGA